CGCUUGAGACCUUCCAUUCAAUCCGCAGAGUGGAGCACCACUUCUGCAGGUGAAGGUGCAACAAAAAUGGUGCGAAGGGAAGCUUUGGGAUGCGCAGGUCUUCUGCUGGCAUUCAGCUUGAGAGCUUUCGUCCAUCCUGACGUACCAUGCAGAGGCCACAUGGCCCGCUUGGCGAUGAGAGCCAAAGGUGCUGAGGUGAAGGGUGACCUGCAGCCGCUCUACGACUAUGUUUUGGUCAAGUCCAAGGAGGCUGUCACCAGCACCAAGAGCGGACUGCUGCUCCCCACUUCUUCGGAGAAACCCAGUGAGGGCGAAGUGGUGGCCGUCGGCCCUGGCUCAGUGAAGGAGAACGGCGUGCAAGUCCCCGUUUGGGCGCAGGCUGGGAUGAAGAUCUUACAUGGCAAGUACGGGGUUGAAGAGGUCAUUUACAACGAUGAAGACCAUGUGUUGGUCAGGGAUGAUGAUGUACUGCUGAGCUACACUGGUGAUGAGCCUACAUUGGAGAACAUCAAGAUGCCCAGGGGGAAGGUUCUCUUGAAACUGCUUGAGGAGGAGAAGGAAUCCCAAGGCGGCAUCUUGUUGUCCAAGGGAGCCGCAAAGCCUGAUACCACGGUGGGAGAGGUUGUGGCGGUAGGAGACGAUGAUCUGGAUCGCAAUGGCAAUCCGGUGCCAAUGGACGUGGCCGUGGGCGAUCUAGUCCGAUUCAGGUUCGGCAACGAGGUCAAACUGGACAUCGCCAAGUCAGAGUUUCGGUCAGUGUCCGCAUCAGAAUGCCUAGCUAAGUGGACCUCCUAGAAAGUUCGGAUUUUCCCAACGGGCGGCUACCAGUGCGCCAACGCCA